UCCGCGCGCUGACUAUCAUCAUCAUCAUCAUCAUCAGCCCACAUAGAGACCGUUCGGUUUAUAUGGGCCCGCUGUGGACGCGACGGAACCGGCUCACUGAAUGAACGCCGUCGAUGUGUGACGCGCGUCAGUGCUCGCGCUUCAAGUAUGUUCGAGGCAUCCAGACAGAUGUGAUGGCCCAUGCGGAGGGUUGCGGGGUUGAGUGACGCUCAGUUACCCCAGCAUGGGCAGCGUGGGCAGCGGGGUGGCCGGAGAGCAGGAGUUCGCCAUGAAGAGCGUGGGCACGCGUACCACCCUCCCUCGUGGCCCGCCUCUCUCCCGGCGAGGCCCUUCCGACCGCAGCUUCAGCGCCGAGCGUCUCCACGCGCCGCCCUCCGCCUCGGAGGGCUCCACCGAUGAGCGAGGGGGGAGCAGCACCACGACGGAUCGAGCACAGAUCAACAGCACCUCCUCUCAUUUGGAGCGGGUCGUCCCCACCAACGGGAAGGGGCCAGGGGGUAACGUCACGGGCCGCAGAGACGGACACAGAACCGGAGCGGUGGUGUCGCUGGAUGCCUGCGGUAACGUCAUGGGCCACGGUGCUGAGAAGAACCAGGAUUCUGCGGCACCGGUGAAGGGCAGAGAUGGAAACAUGACUAAGAGAGACAGUCGCACACCACCCAAGAUAUUAACUGUGUCUGGAAAACUUGAGCAGAACAAUUCUGCAGUUGUACGACCGUCUGCCUUUAAACCUGUGGUGCCCAAGAGCUUUCACUCUAUGCAGAACCUGGUUGGACAGUCUGGAGGUGGAGGAGGAUGUUCUGCUGGGUCUGGUGGAGGUUCUGACGCCCCACAGUCCCUUUGUGAGCAAGACAGCCCAGAUCGAGACCCUUCAGGUGGAAACGACGGUCAGGGCGGCAUGUCCGACUCCGGGAGGAACUCUCUAACAAGCCUGCCCACUUACUCGGGCCCGAGUCUGAGCUACGGGCCGCCUCAAGCUCUCGGCCCGCUGAGCGCUUCCACCAGUCACAUCAACAGACUCGGAACCGCAGGCGCUCCACUGGACACAGUUGACAAACCCAACUAUCAGAACGGUCGGAGUGUCUCUGACAGCUGCCAGUCGUCGUCUGGAAAAAGCUCUUUGUCGUAUCAGAGACUUUGUCAUCUUAAAGACAAGUGUGCUGGCGUCCAGCCGUCCCCCUCCACUGAUGACAUCAUCCAGGACCUGGAGGAUCGACUUUGGGAGAAGGAACAAGAGGUCCUCCACAUGAGGCGUAACCUGGAUCAGAGCGAGGCGGCCAUCGUUCAGGUGUUCGAUGAGAAACAGCGAGUGUGGGAGCGCGAGAUGGAGGAACUGAGACAGAAUUACGCCGGGCGUCUGCAGCAGGUGACCCGUCGAGCUCAGCGCACACAGCAGGCACUGCAGGCCCACGUCGCCCGAUUGCAGCAGGACAAGGGUCGUCUACAGGAGGAGAUCAGCACCCUGCUCGCCCAGAGAGAAGACCUGGAGAGAAAGUGCCUGGAUUACCGUAAAGAGCAGGCGGAUAUUCUGCCCAGACUGGAGGAGACCAAGUGGGAGUUAUGUCAGAAGGCCGGUGAGAUUUCUCUGCUCAAGCAGCAGUUGAGGGAGAGUCAGAAUGAGGUGACACAGCGAGCGGGUGAGAUGGUGGCCCUAAGAGGUCAGCUGAAGGAACUCAACGCCCAACUGAAGGAACGUGAGGAGAUCAUGCACAGCCUGAAGGACUCUUACACCAAGAAGAGCCGAGAGCUGGAGAGAUGUGAGGGAGAUCUCAAAAUAACACUAACUGAGGUGUCGAUGUUGCGGGAUAAGGUGGUUGUGUUCGAAGCGGAGGUUCUGGGUCUGAAACGCGCUCUCAACGAACUCAGCUGCAGAAGUGAACGCAGCGCGACGGCUCUGAGCGGCAGCAGCAGUUUACCCUGGGCCGGCCUGCACUCGCCCCGAACGCCCGAGGCCCUGACCGGACUCGCUCCCCUCAGCGUCACCGUGGACGCCCUCCUCAGUCUUCAGAGCGACGAGGCCAAAGCGCAGCGCCAGGAGGCGGGCGAGCUGCGCAGACAGCUGGAGCGUCUGCAGGGGGAGCUGCACCUGGAGAGACAGCAGAGGGAGCGGCAGGCGCUCACCUUCGCUCAUGAGCGCCACACCUGGCAGGGUGAGAAAGAGCGAGUGUUGAAGUAUCAGGCACAGCUGCAGCUCAGCUACGUGGAAACGCUACAGAGGAACCAGGCGCUGGAGGAGCGGGUGGGGCAGCUCGGAGCUAAAAUACCUACGACGCCCGGCUCCCCCCCGCCCAUCACUCUCACCGUUCCCGUUCCGAUGACCCCCACGCUUUCCCCGGCGGACGUGGAAGAUCCCAAAGCACCGGCGAUGCACCAGCUCGCUCCUCCGUGGCCCGUAUCUACUCGUUUGGAGCGGAUCGAGUCCACGGAGAUUUAGACACGUUCAAUUUAUCAGAGACAAUCAAUGUUUGUUCGACAUUGCACAUUGUUCAGGAUUUCAGACACUUGCAGAGAUCUUGUGUUUGAGAAAGAGAGAAAUGCAGCUUAAAAUGAAGACCCGACCCUCUGAGAUAGAGAUACACACCUGUUAACCCUCUAUGGUACAGUGCUUCACAUUGACAACAUCUUAUAGUAAUUCAACCUAUUGUGUGACUAUGAAUGUGUUGACUAUUAGUCACAUGACAUUUAAUUGUCUUGAGUUAACACAGAUUCCUGGAUUUUUGAUCACUGAUGUUGAUCUGUUUUAUGCCUCAGCUUUAUUUAACGGAAGUUAUAUUUGUAAUAAAGAUGAUAAUAGUUUGUGCAUGAGAAACACAAUAUUAGGAUGAUUGAUGCUUCAUCUCUCAGUUAGAUGUGAUUUGUACCAUAGAGGGUUAAAGGGAUAGUUCACCCAAAAAAUAAAACUAAAUCUGUAUAAAAAUCUUUUCUAAAUCUGUAUGAAUUUAUUUUUUCUGAUGAACACAAAAGAAGAUAUUUUGAUAAAUGAUAGUAACACACAGCUGAUUGUAACCAUUGACUUCCAUAGUAGGAAAAACAAAUCCUAUGGAAGUCAAUGCAUACAAUCAGCUGUGCUUAACAUCAUUUAUCAAAAUAUCUUUUUUUUAUUCGGAUAAAAUAAAUUCAUACAAGUUUAGAUCAACAUGAGGAUGAGAAAAUGAUGACAGAAUUGUAAUUUUUGGGUGAAUUAUCCCUUUAAUGAGCUCUGAACACAUAUCAGUGAUGUAAAGACAAAAACUUUUAUUAAUAUUUAGUCAUAAUCAUCAGUGUGGUGUGGAUCUGCUCUGUAUUAAAGGUGGAUUAUAUUUGAGUUCAGAGGGGUUUUAAAGGAAGAGAGAAGCCCCUACUGAAAAAUCCAGCUAAGACCAGCAUAAGCUGGUGAGCUGGUUUUAGCUGGUCUCCCAGCUGGGUUUAAGCUGGUUUUGCUGGUGUAGCAAGCUGGUCUAGCUGUGUUUUGGUCACUUUUUAAGCUGGUUUAGCUGGACUUACCUGGUCAGGCUGGAAGACCAGCUGACCCACCAGCAUGACGAGCUUUGUCAGGCUGGGUGGAUCAGCGUAAACCAGCUAGUGCCACCUUAAACCAGCUAAAACCAGCUACCAGCAUAUGCUGGUCUUAGCUGGAUUUUUCAGUAGGGGCAUUAAUUCUUCAGAUGAGUGAAGAUCACUGCUAGUAGCUGCAGUAACUAAACCUGAACAGCAGAGGUCACGAGAGUCUCAUCAAACUAAAAUCUCUUUUCUGUUGGGGUCAGUUUUUGACUUUAUUUUGGGGAAUGAAACUGAUGACACAUUGACGGACUGUAGAAGUUUCUAUAGAUGUUCUUCAGAGAGGGAAGUGUGAACUGCUGUGUUCUGAUGUAGUUCUGCAGUAUUGUGACUUACAGACUGCCUGUAUAUAUGACGAGUAUUCAUGUACAAUUGUUAUUUCCAGUAUAACAAGAUAUUGCGUGUGAUUAUUUUGAAAAAUUCAUUGUUCUGGUUAUUGUGAAUUCAUAAAGCUGGCAUUUUAGCUUUGUUCUGUUUUUUCUGAAACACGUUCCGUCAAAUAUAUUGAUCAUUUCCAAAACCUUCUGAUGUAGUUCUGAUGUAACUUUUCAUUUGCUGAUGUAAUUUAUUGAUUUAAAGGAUUAAAUGCUAUGUUUUUUUAUAUUUGUAUUGUUCAUAUGUUUAUGUUACUGUAAUGACUGUCGUAGAGGCAAGUUCACACGGUUCAGAUACAAAUAAAUCAUUUUCAUUGA